AGUCAUACUGGUGGCCAAGCGAGUCCUGUACUCGAUAAAAUGGACACAAGUAAAGAAGUCUCUCCUGCCUUGCCUUCAUCACCUUCAAGUCCUCAGUGGGAUUCACCAGAUUCCUUUUCUUCUUAUGCAACCAGCAGUCCAAGUUUUAGAGAUGCGGGGAACUCUGGUCUUGAUUCUGAGCCUUUGCUAUCGCCAUCACCUUCAUUUAGCUCACUUGAUUCUCUCUCUUGUUUUCUUGUUAAUAAACCAAAGUCUGAUACCACAUCCCCCUCACUCUCACCUUCAACCUCAGAUUACUCCAGUUCUUUCACCUUUUCUCCCUCAUCUUCUAAUUGGUCCGACUUGGCAUACCUAUCUGCACAGCCUUCACCUACAAGAUUUGAAUACGAAGAUCCUAACUUUGUGAAGAAUGAUUCCUUCAAAGAAAGUUCAUCUUUACUUUGUAAAGAAACUUCCCUUCCAGCAGAGGAAGCAUUUCCAACCUGUCGUGCUCUUAGACGGGCAAAUAGUUGUUUACAGUACAAAGAAGCUUUCCCCUCACUAGCCGAGCGCAGAGGCAGUCAUCCUCCUCCUAGGAUGAUGUUACGAUGCAAUGAUGAUUCCACUCAAAUUUCAGCAAAGUUGGUGAGAACUUCCUCAUUUUCUCUCCCUAGCUUUGGAGACGAUACAAUGAAGUGUCUUGAGUGUGACAACCUUAAUGACGGAGAUUUUGUUGAUACUAGUAAAGAGGAGCUAAUGUUGGAUGUUGAGAGUUCAACUACUGACAAUCAACUCCCAAAUGGAGUUCAACCUGACGAUGUAUCUGGCAGUUUCUAUGACCAUCCAAUUAUAGUUGCAGAAACAACUGAUUUAGGUCUUUACCAAUGGCCUUGUAUGCAUAAAUUAGGCUUGGCUUCUGGGGUUUUUGAUUCGAGGUCCGUUUAUAUCAUAGUCAUUCCUGACUUGAGUUUAGAUGAAAAUAGUUCCAAUAGUUUGUACAUUUGGGUAGGGCGUGAUGUGCAAUGGAAUGAAAGUCCAAAUCAAGUGAUCAACAAUGAAUCCAUGUGUGAGGAUGGUCAUGUCCACUGGGAGAAAGUUGGACGCCGUUUUCUUAUUCAGAAGGGCCUGGCUACUAGCUCUCUUGUUCAGAUAGUGAAAGAAGGUGAGGAACCUGAGCAGCUUCUUAAGCAUGUGCCUUGUUUCUCACUUGAGAAGACAUUAGGAUAAAACACUGUUGUUGAUACCAUCUGAUCUUUGCUUCUUCAAUCCUAUGUCUGGCUA